AUGCGGGCGCUGUACGACGCGCAGCGCCGCGCCCACGAGACUGUAUUGACCCUGCAGGCGCAGAUCGAGGAGGAGGAGGCCGUGUACCUGGAGGAGACGCCGCACGGCAACAUCAUCCGCGGCUGGGACGGCUUCAUCGACUCGAAGCAGCCGCGCAAGGACGCCAACCCCAAGAAGAUCAAGCCCUACAGCGAGUCGGAGCACCUUUUCUCCGGCUGCUGCUUCUACUCGAGCAUGGCGAGCGGGCCGAGCUUGGACAUCUACGGCACGACCAAGGACGAGAGCGCCUCCUCGUCCACUCGGGGGCGCAAGCUCACGGUCACCUUGACCGUGGGGAAGGGGGCCGGCGCCUCGACCAGCAUCAGCGGCGUGGUGGAUGGGGCGGCAGCACACAGCUCCCAUGCUGCCUACAGAGGGGGCAAAGGCUCCAAGCUCAACUCGGUGCAGAAGACGGGGAAGGCCCCUACCCACCCUGCCACGGGCAAGGGCGCAGCAGCACAGAGCUACCAACACAGCAAGGCCUCCAAGCUCAAGAAGAGGAAGCGGGAGGCCGAAGCUGCUGCUGCUGCUAGUGCUAAGGCACAUGAGACUGCGUCAGGAGGUCCGCAGACUGCUGCUACCGUGGCGGCAGCGACGACAAGCUCAGCAGCGGCACAGCCGCCUGCGAGCGACUUUCUCGAUGUGCUCUAACCUAUUGACAAUGAACAGUCUUUCUACUG